CCCACUUAGCAAUCCUUCUGGUGCAUUUAUAGACGUAAAUAAGAUGAUAAACCAGACAAGAUUUCUUUACAUAGUCAGCUCUUGAUUAAUUUCUUAUAGAACUCAUAGGUACUACAUCCAUUCGGUAGUAUCUCGAUUCAUGAAACCAUUGCUGAAUCAUGGCGUCUGCGAUCACUUUCUGUUUAACGCGUUUUGAUCCACGUGUUUAUUAUUGCCCAAAAACCGCGUAUUCAAAAAAACAGAAAGUCGAUUAACAAUUUUAAUAAAUGAUCUCUGAGUUGGGCAAACCACAAACAUUAUACUGAUCUCUUAUUGUAUUUGUUCACACCCUUGUUUUACUAGCAAUAAUUUUUUUUCAGCAACAUGAAUAAUUAUGGAUCAGCUGCCUCAGAUGCUAGAUGGUUAUAUGACAGUCCAGUCAAUUCUGAUAUUGAAGCAAAGCUGAGGCGUUUCUUGGUUGAAUUAAAGAAUACUACUGAUAAGAUUCUUGGAAUCCAGGUUUGUGCAUACAAAGAUGGGAAAGUGAUAAUUGACACUGCAGCUGGAGUCCUGGGAAAAGAUGAUCCUCGUGCGGUUCAGCCCGACAGCUUAUUUCCUGUGUUCUCUGUAACUAAGGGAGUCACAGCCGGAUUGAUACAUUGGCUGGCUGAUAAAGGGAAACUGAAGCUUGACGAAAACGUUGCAAAUUUUUGGCCGGGAGUUUGGUACGAAUGGAAAAGAUCAAAUAAAGGUUAAUCAUGUACUUAAUCAUACAGCUGGUUUACACAAUGCUCUUGCUGGCAUUUCGGAAAAUGAUCUUACGUUAUUUUGUGAUUUUGCCGAGUGUGUAAAGCGCAUUGCUAUGGUUGCACCUGAGACCGAACCUGGUUGUGUACAGUUAUAUCAUUAUCUAUCAUAUGGCUGGCUAUGUGGUGGGAUCAUUGAGCAUGCAUCUGGGAAAAAGCUUCAGGACAUUCUUGAUGAAGCUAUUGUUCGCCCGCUGAACAUUGAAGGUGAGCUCUAUAUCGGGAUUCCACCUGGUGUGGAGUCUCGUCUUGCAACUCUUACAAUAGAUACAGAUGGUCUCAUCCUCUUAGACCCAGAACACGAUAUCUAUAAAUCCAGCCUGUACGCGGUCCCCAUGCCUUCCUCAUACUCAUUUAGCAUGAUUUCAAGCCUUAUACCGUUAUCGAAUACUCUAAACGUCCGCCGUUCCAUACAACCUGCCUCCAACGGACACUUCUCAGCUCGUGCUCUGGCUCGCUACUACGCCACCCUCGUGGAUGGCGGUGUGGUCCCACCUUGCCACCCCUCUGCACCCCUUCCACCACUCGAAAGUUGCCUGGUGCCUAAUGAACUCAAAGACACCAAAAUCUAUAACAACCCAAAAGGAAAAAUUCAUGACGCGCUUUUGGGAGGUGGAGAUUAUAAGAAUUUAAUCCUCCCAAAUGGGCUGUUUGGGCUUGGGUUUUUAAGAUUUAAUGCAACUGAUGGUUCGGUAAUUGGGGUUGGUCACCCGGGUUUAGGUGGAUCUACAGGAUAUUGUGACAUAAACAACAGAUUUGCAAUCGCUGUGACCGUAAACAAGUUGUCUUUAGGUGCAUUGACUGGGAAGAUAAUCAAGUUUGUUUGCUUGGAACUUAAUCUUCCUGUACCACAACUCUAUGACAUGCUAUCGUCUGUUAAUUGAAGAUCAAGGUUUGAUUGGUUGUUAUGGUUCACUUUCUGUACCACAACCUGUUGAAUAUUGAUUUGUUGUAAUGGUUCACUUUCUGGUUUCUCUAAUAAUCAGUUAUGUUUGAUUUCUUUAAUAA